AUGGGAGAUGACCUACGGAAAGGGAGAUUGAGAAUGGAGUUGGAUAUGAAUAGGGUAAAAGGAGAGAGACAGAUAUUGGAUAUGAAAAUGGGAAGGAUGGAGGUUCACGCAAAGAGGGGUGACCCUGACAUUGAAAAGGGUUCCGCUGACGCCACAGUCUACUGUCAGCCAUGUGGAGAGGGCGGUAAACGCGCUGUUGCCAAGGGCUUCUGUCAGACUUGCGAGGAGUACAUCUGUGCUCCAUGUAUCGAGUACCAUAAACGAUUGAAGAUUUUAAAGGCUCACGUUUUGCUUUCAAAAGACAAGAUGCCGUCCUUCUACCCGUCCACCAAGCAGUCAGCUAUCGGCGUCACUGAGUAUUGUAAAAUUCAUCCGAAGGAGAUGAUCAAGUUUUACUGCCCGACCCACGGAGACCUUGGCUGUGGUGACUGUGUCGUGCUCGACCAUCGGUGCUGUAAAAUCGAUUACAUCGCCAAAGUGGCUAAAGAAUUUGUCAUCGGAAACGAAUUCAGAAUGCUGGAACCAUGGAUUAAACAAGAAGACGAUAUUCUAUCUGGGUACAUAAGUAAUGUCGAAGAGCUUUUGGAAGAGGUCAAGAAUCAGUCUAAGGAUGAGAUCAGAAGCCUGAGGAUGUUCCGUAAAGAAAUAAACACAUACCUGGACCGGCGCGAGAAGGAACUGCUUGACAACCUCCAGAAAGUGAAGACCGAGGAUGAAAACGUGCUGACUGAUCUAAAGACUGAUUAUGAGGCAAAGAAAUCGGGCCUUGAGGCCUUGAGGACGGAACUGUCUUCGUCUCACGUAUCGGUGAACCAGCGGUACGUUGCAGCGAGGAAGCCCAGAAGGUGCUACAUGAGACCAAAGACGAGAUUGAGAAGAAGGCUGACCUGA